AUUCCGGAGAGCUGCAAGCCGGCCGAAGUUGGGCGAGCGCUCUGUGCGGCGACUGGGAGGGGGCUGCAGGUGCCGCGGGAAGAGCUCGCCCGGCUUCGGGGAGGCAGCUGGGCGCUGUGGCCUCUGCGGCUCAGCUCCCUGCCCGGUCGGGUGUCCCAGCCCUGCGACUUCCGGGGCCCGGCGGCGCUUCGGGGAGCUAGUCCAAAGCCAACCUCCAGGGCGAGAGAGCGCACGGCGCGGUAGCCGGGACGGUCCGCAGCACGCGGGCAGAGCUGCCGGCACUCGGGCUCCUGCAGGGGCGGCGGGCGGGGUGGGGUGAAGCGGGCGGGCCCCCCUCCCCUUCCCUCUCCUCCCUCCCGCAGCCCGCCCGCCCUUCCUCCGGUCCUGCAGCCAAUUAGACGGCCCCCUCGGGAGGGAGGCGUGGGGCGCUGCAUAAAGCGGCGGGGAGCUGUCACCCCGGGAGCAGGCUGCGCAGUGCCCAGGCCGAGCCGGUGCGCCGCAGACUAGGGCGCCUCGGGCCAGGGAGCGCGGAGGAGCCAUGGCCACCACUAACGGGGCCGUGGAAAACGGGCAGCCGGACAGGAAGCCGCCUGCCCUGCCGCGCCCUAUCCGCAACCUGGAGGUCAAGUUCACCAAGAUAUUUAUCAACAAUGAAUGGCAUGAAUCCAAGAGUGGAAAAAAGUUUGCCACAUAUAACCCUUCAACUCUGGAGAAAAUAUGUGAAGUGGAAGAAGGAGAUAAGCCCGAUGUGGACAAGGCGGUGGAGGCUGCACAGGCUGCCUUCCAGAGGGGCUCGCCAUGGCGCCGGCUGGAUGCCCUGAGUCGUGGGCGGCUGCUGCACCAGCUGGCUGACCUGGUGGAGAGGGACCGCGCCACCUUGGCCGCCUUGGAGACGAUGGAUACAGGGAAGCCAUUUCUUCAUGCCUUUUUCAUCGACCUGGAGGGCUGUAUUAGAACCCUCAGAUACUUUGCAGGGUGGGCGGACAAAAUCCAGGGCAAGACCAUCCCCACAGAUGACAACGUUGUGUGCUUCACCAGGCAUGAGCCCAUUGGUGUCUGUGGGGCCAUCACUCCAUGGAACUUCCCCCUGCUGAUGCUGGUGUGGAAGCUGGCACCCGCCCUCUGCUGUGGGAACACCAUGGUCCUGAAGCCUGCGGAGCAGACUCCCCUCACCGCCCUUCAUCUCGGCUCUCUGAUCAAAGAGGCCGGGUUCCCUCCAGGAGUGGUGAACAUCGUGCCAGGAUUCGGGCCUACAGUGGGAGCAGCAAUUUCUUCUCACCCUCAGGUCAACAAGAUCGCCUUCACCGGGUCCACAGAGGUUGGAAAACUGGUUAAAGAAGCUGCCUCCCGGAGCAAUCUGAAGCGGGUGACGCUGGAGCUGGGAGGGAAGAACCCUUGCAUCGUGUGCGCUGAUGCUGACUUGGACUUGGCAGUGGAGUGUGCCCAUCAGGGAGUGUUCUUCAACCAAGGCCAGUGUUGCACAGCAGCCUCCAGGGUGUUCGUGGAGGAGCAGGUCUACUCUGAGUUUGUCAGGCGGAGCGUGGAGUAUGCCAGGAAACGGCCCGUGGGAGACCCCUUCGACGUCAAAACAGAACAGGGGCCUCAGAUUGAUCAAAAGCAGUUCAACAAAAUCUUAGAGCUGAUCGAGAGUGGGAAGAAGGAAGGAGCCAAGCUGGAAUGUGGGGGCUCAGCCAUGGAAGACAAGGGGCUCUUCAUCAAACCCACUGUCUUCUCAGAAGUCACAGACAACAUGCGGAUUGCCAAAGAGGAGAUUUUUGGACCAGUGCAACCAAUACUGAAGUUCAAAAGUAUCGAAGAAGUGAUAAAAAGAGCCAAUAGCACUGACUAUGGACUCACAGCAGCCGUGUUCACAAAAAACCUCGACAAAGCUCUGAAGUUGGCUUCUGCCUUAGAGUCUGGAACGGUCUGGAUCAACUGCUACAACGCCCUCUACGCGCAGGCUCCGUUUGGUGGCUUUAAAAUGUCAGGAAAUGGCAGAGAACUAGGUGAAUAUGCUUUGGCCGAAUACACAGAAGUGAAAACUGUCACCAUCAAACUUGGCGACAAGAAUCCCUGAAGGAAAGGCGGGGCUCCUUCUUCAAACAUCAGACAGGGGAAUGUGGCAGAUGAAACGUGCUGGAGAAAAAAAUGACAUGUCUGACCUUCCCCGUACACAUUCUUCUGGAGGCUUUACAUCUACUGGAGUUGAAUGAUUGCUGUUUUCCUCUCACUCUCCUGUUAAUUCACCAAACUGGGGAUGCCCAUAUGUUGUCUGUGAAAUCGCAGUCCUGCCUCGGGAGGGAGCUGUUGGCCAUUUCUGUUUUUCACUUUAGUCCAGAUCCCGGAGACAGUGAGAUACUCAGGGCGUUGUUAACAGGGAGUGGUAUUUGAAGUAUCCAACCAUUGCUUAAAAUGCUUUGCCGAAUCUGACUCCAAUAAGAAUGUGGGAAAACCCCCCUGCGUGUUCUGCAAGCAGGGCUCUUGCACCUGUGGUCUCCUCAGGGUGGACCUGCUCACAGAGCAAGCCACGCCUCUUUCCGAGGUAAAGGUGGGACCAAUCCAUGGGAAAGGACUCACAGUACGUUUUGGGGGUUUUUUUGUUUGUUUGUUUAAAAAAAAAAAAAAAGGAUUUCAUGGUGAGAAACUUUUGGGAAGUGCAUACCGUGGAAGGAUAUCAGGGUCUUUGUGGAUUGCAUAUUGACAUUGACCGUGAGAUUCAGCUUCAAACCAAUACUGCCUUUGGAAUAGGACAGAAUCAAUAGCCCAGAGAGCUUAGUCAAAAAUGAUAUCAUGGUCUACCUUAACCAAGGCACUUUCUUAAGCAGAAAAUAUUGUUGAUAUUACCUUUGCUGCUAAAGAUCCAAUAUUCUAACACCACAACAGCAUAGCAAAUCCCAGGAUAAUUAACGCCCUCAUUUGACAAAUCAGAGCCGUAAUGCGCUUUAACAAAUUAUGCAUUUCUAUCAUGUUCACUAAUGGCUUACGAUAAGUCUAUAUAGUCUUCUUUUUCUCCAGUUCUGUUACCCAUUUUAGAUUAGUAAAACAUACACAACUGGAAAGACUGCUGUUAUAACACAGCCUUGUUAUUUUUAAGUCCUAUUUUGAUGUUAAUUUCUGAUUAGUUAGUAAAUAACACCUGGAUUCUAUGGAGGACCUGGGUCUUCAUCCAAGUGGCCUGAGUAUUUCACUGGCAGGUUGUGACUUUUUCUUUUCCUCUUUAGGUAUCCAAAUGAUGAUGUGCAAUUUCAUGUUUUAACUUGGGAAACUGAAAGUGUUCCCAUGUAGCUUCAAAUACAAAAACAAAUGUAUUAUUCGGAUACUUUUAUGGUUACUAACUAGUACUUUCCUAAUUGGGAAAGUGGUGCUUAAGUUUGCAAAUUAAAUUGGAGAGGGCAAUAACAAAAUGAGGCCCCGUAUCAGAACCAGUGUGUGUAUAAGGAAAACCAUGUAUAAAAUGGGCCUAUCACCCUUGUCAGAGAUAUAAAUUACCACAUUUACCUUCCCUUCAUCAGCUAACACUUAUCACUCACACUACCAAUAACUUGUUAAAUCAGGAUUUGACUUCAUACACUGAAUUUUCAGUAUUUUAUCUCAAGUAGCUAUAGACACUAACCUUGAUAGUGGUACGUUAGAGGGUUCCUAUUCUCUCAUUGUACAAUAAUGUCUUUAAUAUGAAAUGCUACAUUAUUUAUAAUUGGUAUAGUUAAUGUAUCUUUUUAUAGUUGUAAGUACACAGAGGUGGUAUAUUUAAACCUUCUGUAAUAUACUGUAUUUAGAAAUGGAAAUAUAUAUAGUGUUAGGUUUCACUUCUUUUAAGGUUUACCCCUGUGGUGUGAUUUAAAAAUCUAUAGGCCUGGGAAGUCUGAUCCUAACUGCAGAUCGUGUUCCACAAUGCAAAAAUGAUAAAAUAAAGUUGGAUAUUUG